AUGGUCCACAUAAAAUCUGCUGCUAUCAUAACGCUUCUGUGUCUGCUGCUUUUCAGUGGACCAUCGAGAGCGAAGGUACGACAAAAUUCGGGUUCUAUCACGGUGUAUGAAGGAGAGAACACAAACGUAGAUGUGAAGCCUCCUGUUUCACCAAUUCCCAUGUCAGCUGCCGGGGAAACCAAGAGGUAUUUCAAAAGAACUAGAAAGGAACUUCCAAGCUUCGGAAGAAGAGCCGACAGAGAGGGGAGGAGAUUCAAGAGGAGAAUUCGGUUGAAGCCCUUUUGGAAAGUAUUUGGAAAAUAG